AUGCUCAGCUAUCGUGGAUCGGAACGACAAGCGCCGAACACUUUGCAGCUGGCUCUUCGUUUCAGCAAGGUCAUGGACACACGCAAUGAGCAGGGCAAGCACCCCAAGCACUGGUCCACCAUGGAGCGCUUGAAUUCUGUGAUCGAAGAGUACAACUCAAUGGACGGCUUGCAGAUGAAGCACGCCAUGGACGAAGACCGAAUCAAGUCUGUGUACAACAUCAUUGCCGGCACUUCAGCCGAAGCGAGGAACAAGAUCGCCAAGCACCUCAACUACGCCAAAUGGAAAGAGUCGGCUUUCUCCGUGGAACAGUUUAGGUGCUCCAGAUGGCUCCUGGGGGCAAAGCCGAAGAACUGUCCUCUCGAGAUUGUGAACUUGCUGACGGUGACAGAGCAUUCACAGAGGCUGCACAUCGACUUGGUUAUCCACAGCUUCACAGUUGCCGGCAAGAAGUUGAGAGCCUCCUCCCGGGGCAAGAUGAGGGCAUCGGUGGAUGACUUUGCCAAGAUGGCUGACUUUGCCUGUGUGUACUCCAGAGUGUUGGAGAAAGCACGUCUGCUGAGUUCGUGGGACGACAAGAAGGAGCAGAGUGUGAUGAAGUGUUUCAUGAGCCGGGAUUACUGGUCGGAAAUCGAAGCUACGAUCACGGCGAAACUGCCGACCUUCAAAGUCGAACAUCUCGCGAUAUGGUCUGAGUUCAUCGAGCCGAAGACGACGUCUGUGAAGCUGGACCCCCAGGACGAGGUGACGUUGCAGGAGCGUGCCGACACUGUUCGUGCAGCCAAGUUUAGGGAGAUCAGAGCCAAAGUGGCCGAAGACUCGCACAGAAUGACGGCCUUCAACACCAAGACGCAGCAGCGAGACAUUCGGACGCAUGUUGUCGAAGUGAUGCACAUGAAAAGCCAGAAUGCCAUCGGGGCCAAGCCCCUUGCCAGCUGUCAGGUUUCAUCGGUCAACAGUUGUGUCACUGGCAAAGUAAACAGUGACACAUGUCAUGUCGUCUCUUCUGUGCUAAGGCUCGCUGAGGAGCACAUGGUUUCCAAGACGGAGCUGCACGUCGUCGUGUGGUGCGAUUGCACCAAACUGGGAAUCAUGCAACAGAGUGAGAUCAAUGCCUUGGCCGAGAAUGCUGAGAGCUUGCUGCGGCAGAACCCCGAGAGAUCGGUUCUCGUGUUGCUCCCCCCUUUGAUGGGUGGAUCAACCUGUGCUGUGAGCAUGCGCAGCGACAUCAGGAAGCUGGAGGACAAGUUUCUCGACAACAACAUCGAACUGAAACCUUUCUUUCUGAAUAUGGACAUCUCAAAUGUCCAUGGCAACAGAGACAUUCCUUCCUCGUUCGUGUGCUACCUGGGCCUGCUUGACAGCACCCUGCCCACAAAAGGAACUUUGCAUCGAGCAUCGCGGAGUGCAAGCACGGGAGCGGACAAGGAGAAUAUCAACGUGUUCUGCAAGAAAGAGUUGUGGUGCAAACAAGCAUUGCAGCAAAGUCAGUAUCCAGCUGCGCUGGAGGAGAGGGACUUCAUUGUCCCGGGGGGCAAUCUCUGGUCCAGCAACGAGGGUCGACGGAACCUUACAGACCAGCAAGAGCUGGCCCAAUGGCUCGGUGGACUGUCUGUUCCCACUCAGAUUUUGAGCAGUCUGUUGAGCGACUCGAACAAAGCAGUGAUUUUCAACCCGACCGCCUACGACGGCACCUUGGAGAAAGCGGCCAUUAAGCUCGGCUACCCUGUCUUCUCGACUGCCUCGACCACAGGCCCUUGGAAGUGUGCCAAGGACAUGGUGCGGGAUUUCCUCAUGGAGGCUUGGUUGGCAUGGAAGACGAAGACUGAGCCCAUGGACAAGGUGUCGCCGAUGUUCAAGAGGCAGCCCGCAGCCGAGGACCUUCCGGCUGAGGUCUCAAGCCCCUCUUUGACGAUUUGCAACAUGGCGGAUGGAAGAUUGAGUAUCCCGCGGGAGAUUCGGAAUGAGUUCUUGGGAUGUGCAGUUCAUGGACCGGAAUGGAGGGAGCUACUGAGCAAGUUCGACAGAGAGUGGUCGUCCCCGACGGAAACGGUAGAGUCUGCAAUCCCCGACCUCCGGCAUGGCAAGCGUGCGUAUCGCAGCCAUCUGGAAUCUUACUCGGUUGAUGCGUUUUUGCAAAAUGCCUAUGAUGCUAUUGCAGAGACCUUGCCACACCAGUAUGUCCGUCGUGGUCGAGCUAGACCGAGAAGACCGGGCCGGUCAGACGACACAGAGGAUGAGCUAAGCGAUGCCGACCAAGAAAUCGCCUCUGACAUCGAGAACACAGAAGAGCUUGCCGAAUGGAUCGACAAGCCAGAUGCGCCGAUCUUGGCGGCCAGCAGCAGGAAGAUUCGCAAGUAUCUUCCUCCGGGGAAUCUUGCAGAGUUGUUCCAGCACUAUCGUGCAGCACAGACUUUGCUUGGACGGCCCGGGGUGGGGUACAAGACUUUCUGUCACAUCUACUCCGCGGGAUGGAAACCGAUCCUUGCUUUCCGUGACAAGUCGUUCACGCAAUGUGCUGUGUGCUAUGCAUAUCAGCAGACACUGAAGGACAAGACUGCUGAUAUGAGCACCAAGUUGGCUGCAGUGUCUGGUUUGCGAAGUCAUCUUCACGAUCAAUAUUGCGACCGAGCGGUCGCAUGGCAACUUCAAGAGUCUGCCAUGGACCCUUUGAGUGGACUCAUGGUGGUAUGCACCGAUGGAUGCGACCAGAGCAAGUUCAUGAUGAGCGGUGAGAUGAGACCGCGACUGAAGGUGCACGGUCUUUGGGUGUUUGGGCUGAGCUUGCAAGUCUAUGUCAUGGACGCAGAUAACACCGUCCGGGAGGCCAAGAACCAGUAUGUGUUACUGUACUUGGCCGCUCUCGUGGCCCAGUAUCGGAUGCAUCAACUCUGGGGAUGUCUAGCCAGACGAAUCGCCAACGAGAGCAAGUUGCUGAAUCCAGAUGACGUGUGCCACGUCUUGCUGUCAGAGCUACAGAAGGCAAGCAUGCGUGCUUGGCUCGGGCCCAACACAGAAGUGCUCGUCGAGCGACUUGUGUGUGUGAGAGAUUGGAGGAAUCACCUCCCCACCAUCGGUGUAGGCCUUGAAGGUGGGCUCUUGAAGGACUCCUCUUCCAACCACAUGUUUUUCUUCAUGCUGCGUCGAGGCUUGGAUGCAGCACUUUCAAUUAGCACUUUACAUGUUCCUGCAGACUGCUCUUGCUGCUUGGAGUCGUCUCUGUGUGUUUGUGCUUGGACAGAUCUUCCUUCUGCUCUGAUGACCUCUGUGACAGAGGGGUCUUUUCGUGGCCCUCGUGAUCCUUUGGAUGUCGUUGUCCUCUUGAAGAAGCACAUCUGCGAUCCCAUGCUUUCGCAGUCACCUCUGCUGGUUUUACCUCGGACAAAGGCCGACGGAUGGGAAAGUCUUCCUUCGACUAAGCGGGUGAACAAUCACUCAGCGAAGAAUCAGAAAGAGUGGCAAGAGCUGGCCCAGAAAGUCCUGAGCCAUUACAAUGAGCCUUAUCGCAGAGCUGUUGAUUACUUGGAGAAGCUGGCCAGAAACCAGUUCUGGCAUGAAGCCGUUCUUCGCGACAUGCCGUGGCACAUUCGGCCACCGGCACCUCCGGUUCGUGCACAAGCAGGAAGGUUCCUGCACGAAGCUGUCGAAGCAGCUUUGGCCCCGGCACUUCCGCUGAAGGUUGGAUCCGACCCCGACUCCAAGGGGGCAUUGGCUAGCCCUCAGGCCAAACGCAGUUGCACAGAGCUGGAGAAGAAGCUGAAGAAGUUUCCGUGUGGAGACUUGCAGCUGGCAAAGGACAUACUCGCCUACACCCAGCUUUUUCGGAAUGAAGCUGCCAUCCAUGCCAAUGCCCAUCCGGCAGCGUUGGUGCUUGAGAUCUUGGCCUCAGGGUCGGAGACAGAUCGACGACUACACAGCAGCCAGUUGGAGGUUUGGUAUGACGAGUAUGCUAAGAAGCGCUCUGGCCUGGCUGCCUUCAAGAAGCUGGACGAAGUGGUGCUCCGACCCGAAGCUGCAGGAUCCGUCAUGCACGUUCCUCUGAUUGCACUGGCGUUCGACACACCAACGGACGGACCGCCUGUCAUCGAAGACUGGCUCGGAACAUUCGAGAGCAUGUUCUUCGGCGGCAUAGACUUGAUCCGCGAGCCGCUUGACGUGAGCAUCAAGUGUUCCGGAUAUGGAGGUUUGACCGCUUCAUGCUUCGACGUGAUCAAGGGCUACACGCGAGCCAGCGUGAUCAUGACGGUUUUGAUCGCGGCAAGUGAAUUGGACACGAAUUCCGACAGCUGGGACAUGCUGAAGCCUCUCUUUCCUUUUCUGGACAAGGCUUGGAUGGUUUCUAUGAAUGUGGACAGCGUCAGCCAGAGUUUCCGCAAUUUGAUGCUCAGCUAUCGUGGAUCGGAACGACAAGCGCCGAACACUUUGCAGCUGGCUCUUCGUUUCAGCAAGGUCAUGGACACACGCAAUGAGCAGGGCAAGCACCCCAAGCACUGGUCCACCAUGGAGCGCUUGAAUUCUGUGAUCGAAGAGUACAACUCAAUGGACGGCUUGCAGAUGAAGCACGCCAUGGACGAAGACCGAAUCAAGUCUGUGUACAACAUCAUUGCCGGCACUUCAGCCGAAGCGAGGAACAAGAUCGCCAAGCACCUCAACUACGCCAAAUGGAAAGAGUCGGCUUUCUCCGUGGAACAGUUUAGGUGCUCCAGAUGGCUCCUGGGGGCAAAGCCGAAGAACUGUCCUCUCGAGAUUGUGAACUUGCUGACGGUGACAGAGCAUUCACAGAGGCUGCACAUCGACUUGGUUAUCCACAGCUUCACAGUUGCCGGCAAGAAGUUGAGAGCCUCCUCCCGGGGCAAGAUGAGGGCAUCGGUGGAUGACUUUGCCAAGAUGGCUGACUUUGCCUGUGUGUACUCCAGAGUGUUGGAGAAAGCACGUCUGCUGAGUUCGUGGGACGACAAGAAGGAGCAGAGUGUGAUGAAGUGUUUCAUGAGCCGGGAUUACUGGUCGGAAAUCGAAGCUACGAUCACGGCGAAACUGCCGACCUUCAAAGUCGAACAUCUCGCGAUAUGGUCUGAGUUCAUCGAGCCGAAGACGACGUCUGUGAAGCUGGACCCCCAGGACGAGGUGACGUUGCAGGAGCGUGCCGACACUGUUCGUGCAGCCAAGUUUAGGGAGAUCAGAGCCAAAGUGGCCGAAGACUCGCACAGAAUGACGGCCUUCAACACCAAGACGCAGCAGCGAGACAUUCGGACGCAUGUUGUCGAAGUGAUGCACAUGAAAAGCCAGAAUGCCAUCGGGGCCAAGCUCGCUGAGGAGCACAUGGACAAAUGCGCUUCUGUUCUGAUGUGCUCGUUGGAUGAGUUCGCAAAGCGUGUGCACUAUGGCUUCACAGCAGCAGCAUCCCUGCUGGAGGUUUCCAAGACGGAGCUGCACGUCGUCGUGUGGUGCGAUUGCACCAAACUGGGAAUCAUGCAACAGAGUGAGAUCAAUGCCUUGGCCGAGAAUGCUGAGAGCUUGCUGCGGCAGAACCCCGAGAGUCCGGAGCUCGGAUCGGUUCUCGUGUUGCUCCCCCCUUUGAUGGGUGGAUCAACCUGUGCUGUGAGCAUGCGCAGCGACAUCAGGAAGCUGGAGGACAAGUUUCUCGACAACAACAUCGAACUGAAACCUUUCUUUCUGAAUAUGGACAUCUCAAAUGUCCAUGGCAACAGAGACAUUCCUUCCUCGUUCGUGUGCUACCUGGGCCUGCUUGACAGCACCCUGCCCACAAAAGGAACUUUGCAUCGAGCAUCGCGGAGUGCAAGCACGGGAGCGGACAAGGAGAAUAUCAACGUGUUCUGCAAGAAAGAGUUGUGGUGCAAACAAGCAUUGCAGCAAAGUCAGUAUCCAGCUGCGCUGGAGGAGAGGGACUUCAUUGUCCCGGGGGGCAAUCUCUGGUCCAGCAACGAGGGUCGACGGAACCUUACAGACCAGCAAGAGCUGGCCCAAUGGCUCGGUGGACUGUCUGUUCCCACUCAGAUUUUGAGCAGUCUGUUGAGCGACUCGAACAAAGCAGUGAUUUUCAACCCGACCGCCUACGACGGCACCUUGGAGAAAGCGGCCAUUAAGCUCGGCUACCCUGUCUUCUCGACUGCCUCGACCACAGGCCCUUGGAAGUGUGCCAAGGACAUGGUGCGGGAUUUCCUCAUGGAGGCUUGGUUGGCAUGGAAGACGAAGACUGAGCCCAUGGACAAGGUGUCGCCGAUGUUCAAGAGGCAGCCCGCAGCCGAGGACCUUCCGGCUGAGGUCUCAAGCCCCUCUUUGACGAUUUGCAACAUGGCGGAUGGAAGAUUGAGUAUCCCGCGGGAGAUUCGGAAUGAGUUCUUGGGAUGUGCAGUUCAUGGACCGGAAUGGAGGGAGCUACUGAGCAAGUUCGACAGAGAGUGGUCGUCCCCGACGGAAACGGUUGCGGCUCGGCCAAGACGUGCUUGA